GGGCGGGGGCAGUAUGAUCGACAGUGACCAAGAUGGCGGCGCCCACUGUUAUUCCGGAUACCGUCAGUGUUCAAAAGGCUGUGUCCCUCAUCAAUGGUAUAGACACAGGAAGGUUUUCUCGGUUGCUCUCGCGCAUCCUUCAGAAGCUUCACCUAAAGACUGAGAGUACUUUCACAGAAGAGGAGGAAGAAAAGCUUCAAGCCGCUUUUUCAGUGGAGAAGCAAGAUCUUCAUCUUGUCCUUGAAACCAUUGCAUUCAUUUUGGAACAGGCUGUGUAUCACAACUUGAAGCCAACUGUUCUGCAACAGCAGUUGGAGCAUUCCAAAGUGGAUCACGACAAAGCAGAAGUGUUUGCCAUCACAUGGGCUGCUGCAGGUCCAGAGACAGUGGAAAAGUUCAGACAGAGGACUUUGUCACCUCAGAAGCUUGAGUCUGUUGGAUGGCAGCUUAACCUUCAGAUGGCUCAAUCAACCCAAGCAAAACAAAAGUCUCCUCAAGCUGUUUUAGAACUUGGAAUGAGCAAUGAAGAUUCAAAGAACAUGGAGAAAGUGUUUGUGGAAUUCAGUCAUCAAGAGCUGUUUGAGUUCUAUAACAAGUUGGAGACUAUACAAGCACAGCUGGAUUCUCUUACGUGAUACUGUGUGAAGACUUAAUUUCUCCCAUCACAUUCCUCUCACUUCAAUAUUGAAGAUAACUUUGCUGGCAGUGUUUGCUGAAAUACUUAGCUGUUGUCAAUAAAUGGCUUAUCUCUUCUUUGGCCAGUAACUUUACUUAAAUCAUUGAUAGGAAAACUGAAGAUCUAAUUGACUUCAUCUCCUCAUAGAUCCCAGUGUUCAAGAACAUGUAUCAUUGAGGGGCAGGGUAUGGCUACCAUGUUUUGCUGUUCUUUGAAUUACUUUGAAAUGUAUUGUGUCAGUUUUGGUUUUGGUGACGUUUUUGCAGAGAAGAUGGUAACUUAAAUAUUGGUGGUCCAUAAAUGAAAUGUGUAUUGUUA